UUAGUACCGUACUUAGCCCCUCCACGUUCACUCCUGCUCCUGAGAUCUCAGGUGCAAUUGCUGAUUGGAUAUUCACGCCAUGGAAGUCGCGCUCGGAGCCGUCCUGGAUCAGAUCAUAUGAACGAUUGAUGAAUUCCUCCAGUCUAUUAUCCACAUUGCAUCUCUCGCUAAUCUAAUACUAAAAUAACUCAUCCACGGUUCUCCUGUGUGACACCCCAGUAGAGCGGAGCAUCAUUCCCAACCCUAUCACACCGUUAUUUCGGCAUGUUUCCGACUACAUUCUCACCACACCCACUGACAGAUCACACCAAUACAUGCUACCCCCCGCCACGGUCUCGCCACUGUACGUUCGAGAAUCCAGGCAUACUAAGUCGCAGUCAAUCCAAACGCCUCCAUUUCCCCCAUCUCGACUCAUCUGAGACCCUCCCAAGCGAGCACAGUUCCAUAUGUGACGCCGUCCACCGUAUAUCCAGUGGGAAUACGGAAGCUUCCGAGACAUCUGAGGCCACCCCAACGCUUCGCACGCCGACAUCCGAGAGACCCCCAAGUCGACACAGCCAUGGCCGCGGUGCCGCUGCAUCGGACACACCACCUGUUCGCACAGCGGUUCGGUUCAUCAACAACCCGCAUGGCACGACUCUCACCACCAUCUUCGAACAACGCUCCUUUCUGACGCUCAGAGCCCAAUCAUCCGGCCGCUCCAUCCCGUCCCUUCAACAACGUUGCAGCUAUAGUGCCCAGGUCCCUCUGGGCCUUCGAUCACGCCACUCGUUUAGCUUCGACGAGAGUAUCAUCCGUCGCCGUAGCCGCACGUUUCAACCGUCCAGUGCAGGCUCCGAUCCCUCCACGCUCGGCAACACCACUUUCCCCUUAGCCUGUCCUACGAAGCCUACCCAUCCCCCGCACAAACGCACCCCAACGCCCCCUGGACGUCCGCGGUGGCCAGGUGACAUCGGUCGUAUCCCCCCGACACACCCCUCACUGCCCUCCACCGGUCGAGCCCUCGCUUCGAGCGUCCGCGACUUCCUGCGAACAAGGUCGCUGAGGAGUCAGAGGGGAUCCAGAGCUCAUCCAACGGGUCCGGUCUCCCCCUCCCCUGGCGGCCCUUCCCCAUCCCGGCCGCCGAUUCGCUCACCUACUGGCCCCAGGCGCCGCGCUACUUUACCGAGACGAGUCGGACGCGCGUAUUGGCAACCUCCCCGGAGCGGGCAUGCCACCUGCGGCUUCGAGGCAUUGGACCGACACCCCUUCCACGCCGUCGCAUUAGCUCCAGCAACCCUCGCCAUGGCACCGUCUCAUCCGCUGCAGGCAGCUCGCAGGCACGAACCGGCGGACAGGGCUCGACGACCCAGGCGAGGUGACAACGCCGCGAAUCCGCGACCGAGGAUGCUCUCAGGGGUGGCGACGCCGCGGCGUGGCGCGGACAGGCCGCAGGUGAGGACGCCAGACAAUGUGGUGGCUGAUGCGAGGGAAAGGGAGAGGAGAGCGACGCGAGCGCGCCGGCAGGCGAUGAAGAAGGGGAAGUCGCGGGCGAUCGAUUGGGCGACGAGGAAUUGCUGCUGUAAUGCGAAGCUGGACUUGGCAAGCGACGGUGCAGCGCCGAGAGUCGUUCAUGUACAGACAACCUGAACAGGCAGGCCAGAGAUCUCAAUCACACCCUAGAGUUCCCUUGACGCAUACCAAUGCAGAUCCGUAUUCCUUUUCACUUUGUUGU